CCGCGAGCGUCCGCCGACCGGCGCCACGAGCAGACGAAUCGACGUCGGGGAAGAUGAAUCAAGCGAACGUUGAGAAGCUGGUGUCCAAGUUGAGAUACAAUGUCAAGCCACGUCGAAAGUUCCGAACUCCCGACGGCCCGGAGGGACGUCUUCGUAAGAUCCAGAAGACCCUGACGGCUUUGAUCAAGUACGAGCGACUCGAGCUGAAUUAUCCGAGGGCCGACGAGGCCAGAGGUUAUGUCGACCAGCUGAUAUUCGAAGCGAUACGUCAUGGACCUGCGCACAAGGAGACGAUGGACAUGGCUAAUUUCUGGAUAAUCGAGAAGCAACUGGUGCACAAAUUGUUCAAGAUUCUCGUGCCGAGGUAUCAGAACUAUACCACCUCGUUCACGAAGCUUCACAAAGCGCCGAACGUAUAUCCCAUAGGCCACUACGAGAGGGCAAUUUUAGAACUAAAAGGCAACAUAUACCCAAGCGUGGAACAGUACAAUCCGCACGAGCGAAAUCUACUUCACAACCUGCUGCUCGACGCGGCGAAGAAGGAGUACAGGAUGGAAAAGUACCGAGAAGUCGCGGACAAUAUAAAGCAAUAGAAACGAAAGGCAGGGAGAGCCUGCGGGAGAAGCUCUUGUACAGUGCGCGUUUUUGUUAAAUAUUUAGGACUUUUAUUAAAAUAAAAGAGUAUAAAAAAUUCGCGA